GCCUUCAAAGUUCCAGCCAAUCGAAGUGGAGAGCGCGGCCGCAUGGUGGCCUAGAGAGAGGUUUUUUUGUUGUUUCUGAGGAAUUCGGUUCCUGUCCUUAUCGGAGAUUCGCCCGCGCCUGGGGGAAUCGAGGGGCUAAUUCCCGGAGUCGGGCGGCAUCAGCCAGCGACCAUGCCUCACCGGAAGAAGAAGCCCUUCAUUCAGAAGAAAUCAGCGGUGACAUUUCACCUGGUGCACAGAAGCCAAAAGGAUCCACUGGUUGCAGACGAGAACGCCCCCCAGAGAGUACUGCUACCAGCAGAGAGAGCAGAUAUACAAAAGAGGAAGGAAGAGGAGAGGAAAUAUGGCGUCUUCUUUGAUGAUACUUAUGACUACCUGCAGCAUCUGAAAGAGGCAUCUCCAGUUGCUGAGCUUGUGGCCUCUAGCGUAUCCCAGAAGGACUGCCGAGACACCAUAACCACGGGAGAUGGAGACGUCCAGGAGGAGGUGCAACAGAUUCCCGUUCACUCCAUUAAUCUGCCAUCAUCAGUUUUUGCUUCAGAGUUUGAAGAGGAAACUGGAUUGCUGAACAAAGCAGCCCCUGUACGAGGACCUCGCCUAGACCUCGAUCCGGAUAUUGUCGCUGCUCUCGAUGAUGAUUUUGAUUUUGACGAUCCAGACAACAUUUUGGACGAUGACUUUGUGGUGAAGGCUGUUGGGAGAGGGAGUGCAGAGAAUGCUGAAGUGGAUUCCGAUGAGGAGGAGUGGGAGGAUAUAGAGGAUGAAGACUUCGACUCAGCUGGUGCCCUCUCUGAUGAUGAUGAUGAUGAUGAUGGCUCAAAGAUUAUUAAUUUUGAAGGCAGGGUGAGGGAGUUCCCCUUCAUGGAGGAGGAAACCAGGAGUUGCUUCACUGCCUACUCCAUGACAUCGUCUGUGAUGAGACGAAACGAGCAGCUCACCCUGUUGGACGACCGGUUUGAGAAGCUGUACGAAGAGUAUGACGAUGAUGAGAUCGGAGCUCUGGAUCAUCAUGAACUCGAGGGUCCAAUUCAGGUGGACAGCGCACGACUGGAUGACGUUAUCAGUGAUUACCACAUGCAGAAAGCAAAAGACUGUCAAAUGCCCGAUGACCUGGGGCCAAGGGGCAAUGUUCUGUUAAAGGGAGAUGAAGAAGAGGAAAACGAGGAGAUUGAAGUUCUUGUCCUUGAGGAACCAACUGAGCAAUGGGACUGUGAAUCCAUCCUCAGCACCUAUUCAAAUUUAUACAACCACCCGAAGCUGAUAACUGACCCACCUAAGCUCAAUCCAAUCAAGGUAUCAAGAAAAACUGGGAUUCCCUUGGAUGUUUUACCAAAAAGGAGUCUGACUGCUAAACAAUUGGAGCGAAUGGAAAUGAUUAAUAUCAGUGACAUCCCCAGAGCCUCGACACAGUCACGUCCACGGAAUGAGAGCAAAGAAGACAAGAAGGUCCGGAAACAGAAAAUUAAAGGAGAAAGGAAGGAACGAAGACAGGAGAAAAAAGCAAACAGAAAUGCAUUUAAAAUGGAGAAAGCAAGACAGGAACAAGUGGUGCUGAACCUGAGACAGAACUUGCAGGGAAUCAAACUAGAAUUAUAGUAUAUAAGGCUUGUCCCUCUGCCACUGGACAUUGGAUAAUGGAGAGAAUUGGUUGGAGGUUCAGUUACUCACUAACAAUUCAAAUGAAAGGAUAACAUUUGCACCUCCACUGCCUCUGACCAUCAAACAAACCAAUGGACUUGAAUCCUUUCCAAGAUUCCCAAACCUGUGGCCCUCCUUGCAAUGAUUGCAGCAUGGACCUGGAUCUUUCCUCAAGUGAAACUCACCCUUUCGUCAAAGGAUGAAGCUUCAUUGGGAUGUGUGCAGAGUGUUCUCCUUAACUCCAAUCAAGUUCGGCAAGCAAUGGCUCUUUCAUUUGUGGAUAUUUAUCCCACGACAGACAGUUCAUAAAAAAAUUUGUGCCUCUAUUUAUUUAUGGAAUGCUUUUGAGUUUUCUCAGCCAACAGGAUGAUCAGUUUAAUUUACGUAACAUUUUGCAAUGAAGUUGUCCCAUUGGCUAUGUCUGUUUGGUUGGUUGGACAGCUGGCUAGUGACACCAACAGCAUGGGUUCAAUUCCCAAACUGGCUGAGGUUACUAUGUAGGACUCUCCUUCUGAACCUUUACCCUCACUUGAGGUGCAGUGACCCUCAGGUUAAACCACCACCAGUCGUCUCUCCCUAGAAAGAGCAGCCCUGUGGUCUGUUAAGACUGUGGCAACUUUUCCUUUACCUUUAGUGACUAUUCCAGGCAGCAGAAGAUGGCCUGAGUAGGAGCUGGGCUCUUGACUUUCAGGGUUAGGUCAGGGGCUCGCUGGAAGAUGUGAUGCCUCAAUCUGGCAUGCAGACGAUGCAGCGCUGCUGAGAUACCGUUCUUUGAAUGAGAUAUUUCAAUUGAUGCAAUGCAAAAGUUAUGAGUUUUUGUGAAAUGAUUGCAAAACUACUUACAGUAACGGUAGUGACAGCACGAAGGUGGGGGACAUAAAUUUAUGAUGAUGAUUAAAAGAUGCAGAUGGUGAGAAAUAUAGUGAAGUAUGUCCUGAAUGUGCUACCUGAAAGAAUAAUGAAGAGAAUUCAGUAAUCAGUUUAAAAAGGAAAUUGGUUAAAUUCUUGAAUGGGGAAAGGUUUGCAGAGUUAUUGGCAAAGUGCAGAUAAAUGGAACUAAUCAAAUAGAUUUUUCAAACAGCCAGCACAGGUACAUAUGGGCUGAGUAGCCUCCUUCUGUACUGUGUAAUUUGUGGUACUUCAACCUAGCAAUGAGCUCCUUCUCCAGACUAGUUGUGAUGUUUCUCUGUGGUGGUAUGAGAUGUGCAACCUCUGUGUCUUCGUUGCCUCUCCAGAUGUGUAGCGAAUGCAGCCAGGAGGAUGAGGUACAGUUGAGCAUCAUCAAGCACUGAUCGUAACUAGUAUAAGUCAGCUACAGUAACGCAUUUUAAAACCCAAACUGCAGACAUUUUCCACACUCUUGUCAUUUAACUGGUACCACUUCAGCAUUUUGUUUGAGAGAGGAAGCAGAGCGAGUGUUGUGUUCGCGUGCGUGUGUGUGUGUGUUUCUCACAGUGCCUUCACCUCCCCAAGUCAUUGCCCUCCGUGACAGGCCCUGUGCAGCACAGAGCAUGUGGAAGCAGGAAGCAAAAGUUAGUGGACGGGAUGUGCCAUUGCCGUGCUGGUUCUGGUGCGUGAGGAAGACAUCAGUGUUAGCUGUGGACCUGGUGUCACAGGGACAUUUUGUUUACUCUUUUCUCAUUUAUCGUACAAUAUAGGGCAGCAAUUCAGAGAAUGAAGGUCCUACAUGGUAGGUAAUAACUUUCUGGAAUUGCUCAAUGGCCUGACACUUCAGAUAAACUUUCAGAAUCGUUUGUUUGAACUUGUAGUUUCCACCAAUGACUAUCUUUUUGUAAGCUUUGCAAUAGCAGGAAGCAGGCAGCUGUUUUUAAAGAAUCAUGAGACGUGGGUGUUGCUGCUAAAGCCAACAUUUGUUGCCCGUGUAUAUUGCCCUGGAGAAUGUAGUAAUAAACUGCCCCCUUAGCUACACGUGAGAAUCUUGUAAGGCCUUUGCAGGUACACAAAGGCCAACCACGUUGCUAUGGAUCUAGAAUUGCAAACAGCUCAGAACUGGGUACAUUCCCUUCCCUAAAGGAACAGGUUUUACCACCUCCUUCAGGAAUCCCCUUGAUUUUCCGGGAAUCAAAGGCUUAUUCUCUUGAUAUUACCGUAAGCAAUUAGGGGCAUUAAAAUAAAGUGAUUUCUUACUUUC